AUAUUGACUAUUUCUCUCCUCACAGCCACCACGGUCAGUGUGCAGUGAGAGCUGUCCUCCAGGUACCCGCAUGGCCAGAAAGAAGGGGGAACCUGAGUGUUGUUUUGACUGCAUCCCUUGUUCUGAAGGAAUGAUCAGCAAUAAAACUGACUCCAUGGAGUGCACCAGUUGUCCAGAGGAUUUCUGGUCCAGUCCCCAGCGUGACCACUGUGUUCCUAAGAAAACAGAGUUCCUCUCCUAUCAUGAGCCUCUUGGUAUCUGCUUGACAACAACUUCACUACUGGGCACAUAUAUUUGUGUAAUUGUCCUAGGGAUCUUCAUUCAUCAUCGCAGCACACCCAUGGUACGUGCCAACAAUUCUGAACUGAGUUUCCUGCUCUUGGUGUCACUCAAACUAUGUUUCUUGUGUUCACUGCUGUUUAUUGGACGACCCAGACUGUGGACAUGCCAACUGAGACAUGCAGCAUUUGGGAUCAGCUUUGUGCUUUGUGUCUCAUGUAUCCUGGUUAAAACCAUGGUGGUUCUGGCUGUGUUCAAAGCCUCCAAGCCAGGAGGUGGAGCCAGUCUGAAGUGGUUUGGUGCUGUGCAACAGAGAGGGAUAGUUUUGGCUCUUACAUGCAUUCAGGCAGCAAUCUGUAUUGCUUGGAUUGUUUCUGCCUCACCAGCUCCUUAUAAAAACACUGAAUACCACAACGAUAAGAUUGUUCAUGAAUGUGUUGUAGGAUCCACCAUUGGCUUUGCAGUGUUACUUGGCUAUAUUGGCUUACUGGCUAUUCUUAGCUUCCUGUUAGCAUUUUUGGCAAGGAAUCUUCCAGACAACUUUAAUGAGGCCAAACUCAUCACUUUCAGCAUGCUGAUCUUCUGUGCUGUGUGGGUGGCAUUUGUCCCUGCUUAUGUCAAUUCCCCAGGCAAAUAUGCAGAUGCAGUGGAGGUAUUUGCCAUCCUGGCCUCCAGUUUUGGCCUCUUGGUGGCACUGUUUGGACCUAAAUGUUAUAUAAUCCUUCUUAGACCAGAGAGAAACACAAAGAAAGCCAUCAUGGGUCGAGGCUCUGCAAAGUCAUGAAGAUUCACUUCAGUGCUUCAAUCAGUCUUUUUUUUCCUUAGAUGCAGCACCAUCCUGUUCAUAAAGUUUUCAUUAUAUACAACCAUGCUUCUAAAUAACAGUCAGAGACUUCCUUUCAGCAACCUCAGUCACAUCGAGGUGUAUCUCUCUUUAUCUGGGAAAACGUCAACACAGCAAUGCCCUGCCGGAAGCCUGUGAGUACCCACCCAGCUGCCCAGCAUCUUUGACUUUGGACAGCUCUGGAAAAGCAUAUAGUGCAACCACUAUUCAAGAGUGUGGUUUUAAAGCCAGAACUAUGCAUAGAGCUGUAUCUAGUUGGUACAGAUUGAUCUAUCACCAACCAAUCCUAAAAGAGAGAAAGAAUGGAGUCAGUUUGUGUAGACAACACACCAAGGCCCUGUUAUUCACUCGCCAACUCGCAAAGCAUUCAAACACUUACAAAACCCUAACCUGACCUCAUAGGAGUAGGCCUGACAAGCAACUUUCCCUCCCAAUUCCCAGGUUUUCUAAAGAGUAUCUGACCUCACAGCAUCUCUCAAACUAAUGUAGAAAUUAACAAUGGCCAGAAAGCUGUUUAGAAAGGAUAAACAUCCACCCACAACAUUCAUCUCCUUCAUGUGGUUGCAGUCAGGGAUCCUGAAGCUGCACUGCAGGUAUCUCUGUGCCCUGGAUAGGUAGUUUCAGCAAUGCUCUGGACUAAUUUAAUAUAUUUGCAUAUUUGUGUACUGAGAACUGUUAAAUUCUAUUUUUCCAGUCAGAAUGUUGUCUACUGUUUCUAUGUGCACACUGUAAAAGUUUUUACAUGAACUGUGACUGAAAAUGAUAACAGUAAAUACUACUGACAUUUACAGAUAUGUUUCAGUUCGUGUUUCAACAUUAUUGCUUUAAUAUCAUUGAUGUUGUUGAAAGACUAGAAAAAACACAUUAGUGCCCAAAAGCAUUCACAAACCCCAAAUUCCACACUAGGUCAAUGUAAUUUCUUGAAAAUAUAACACAAUUCACUUGGGCUUAAAAAUAUAAAAAUAUCAACAGUUUGUUUGGGCAUUUGAGGAUUUAGGGAUGUUAAUGUGACUGAUAACAAAAGCAGGAAGUGAAGCAAACUCCCAACCAGGUUUGAAUGUAGUGUGCUUACUUACCGGUAUCUAAUAAAAUGUGGUUGUGCAGAAGACAGUCUCUGAAAGGAGUCAGCAAUACAAAACAGCAAUACUUGCUUUAUUUCAUUUGUCAUGCGAGUCAUAACAACACACAUGCAGGGGCACAGGAGAGAAAACAAGAUAUGGCGCAUCUUAUAUUCAAGGCUGUUGUUGUUUUUAAUCAAUCUUGAUUUUUAUUCCAAACUCAUAAAAAACAUUAUGGAAUGAAUGAGCAGAGUGUGAUUUGUUGGAUUUUGAGUGUAAGUCCAUCUCCAAGUUACCAUGGAGAGUAUUAAUUAAUUCUCAUAGCAGACUGACAACUGUGCAUUAUAGAUGUUUUAGUUGGUUUACAAAUUGUUCUAGCAAUUUGCCCUCAUUUGUUUUUAAAACUUGUGACUUGUGAGUAACACACUGUGCUUUGGACAUUUGAUUUUUACACAGUGACGAUGUGUUCUUGAUAUGAUAUAAUAUAUUAUAAUGACAUUAAAUUUGAAAUUGUGGCUACUUAAUAUGUAUUUGGCCCU